AAAUCAAACACUAUGUGCAUGUUUUACAGUAAAAAAAAAACUAAUUUAAAUGCAAGAAAAUAAUGCCCUGUAGUUUCUUGUUUACUAGGCAGGCGGAACAAACGAGUUUAAACAUCGAUCAAUAAAACAAACUGCAUUUCCAAACAUCCUUGUAUUUCAUUAUGUUAAUUAUUACAGUAAUUAGUAAACCAUAUAGGUUCAAGAUUUGCUCCUUCUUGCCUUUGUUGUGUUCUUGAAAACAGAUUUAUGAGUUUGUUCUGAGAGAUUGAGGUUGCAAUAUAUGGCGGCCACGACGCGGCUGCUCUUCUGCUGCCCGAUCUUCUUCUCCUUAUACAUUCAAGUUAUUUACGCGGCGACUAAUGCGCAAGAUGCUGCUGCUCUAAGAUCACUAAAAGACGAGUGGACCAAUACUCCACCGAGCUGGGAUGCCUCAGGCGAUCCCUGCUCAUCUUGGGACGGUGUCGUUUGCGACAACUCAUCAAGGGUCACUUCACUAGAAUUAUCAUCAAUGGGACUGACAGGAAAAAUGAGUGGUGACAUUGGACAGCUAAGUGAACUACUUUCACUAGAUCUGUCCAACAACCUUGGCCUAACCGGCAUCAUCUCUCCACAGCUGGGAAACUUAAAGAAGUUGGCUAUUUUGAUGCUUUCUGGAUGUAGCUUUACGGGCAGCAUACCAAGUGAGAUAGGAAACCUUCCCGAACUAAAUUUUCUUGCACUGAAUUUCAACAACUUGAACGGCGAAAUACCGCCUUCUCUCGGGCAGCUCUCCAAGCUGUAUUGGCUCGAUCUUUCAGACAAUCGUCUCACCGGAGAAAUCCCAUUUGCAUCGAGCAUAAACCCUGACCCGGGCCUCAACCAGCUUAAAAACGCGAAGCACUUCCAUUUUAGCAACAACUUGCUCUCUGGUCCAAUACCCGGGCAGCUUUUUGGCCCAGACAUGUCGUUGAUCCACUUACUCUUGGAUGGGAAUCAAUUUUCAGAAGAAAUUCCAGCUUCAAUAGCUAGUGUUCAGACAUUCGAAGUUAUACGGCUUGACCGGAAUCGCCUCACCGGAGCUGUCCCAAGCCUCAGCAACCUCACUAGCCUCAUUAACCUGCAUUUGUCAAAUAAUCAGUUAUCUGGUUCAUUACCAGAUCUAACUGGAUUGAACUUCCUCACUUACCUGGACUUGAGCAACAACAGCUUUGAUCAAUCUGAAGCUCCAGCAUGGCUCUCCACUUUGCAGUCCCUAACUACUUUAGUGAUGGAACAAGGAGCCUUAAAUGGAACAGUGCCACAAGGAAUUCUCAGCCUACCUCAAAUUCAGCAACUGAGUUUGAAGAACAAUGCAUUUACAGAGCUAAACCUCAGCACCAGCGUAGGCGACAAGCUUCAGCUCAUUGACUUGCAAAACAACGGCAUAGCAAAGCUAGAACUCGGGUCUGAAUUCAAGAACACACUCGUGCUGCUUGGAAACCCCAUCUGCGCCAACAAUCCCAACCAGGUCUACUGCCAGAUUCAGCAGGAGCUCAAGCCAUACUCGACCAGCCUCGCCCUCUGCGGCCCAGCGACGUGCGACUCGAACGAACUCAAGCUCAGCCCUGGGAGCUGCGGCUGCGCUUACCCCUACGAAGGGGUCCUCUACUUCGUUGCGCCCCAAUCAAUGGACUUAUCCAACGCCACACUGUUCCGUGCCUUGGAAUCAACCCUCGCCAUGAGCCUGAGCCUCGCCCCGGGCUCGGUUUCUCUGCAGAAUCUCUCCUUCAGCAAUGAUAGUUAUCUUCAGAUGCAGCUUGAGGUGUUCCCCACCGAUGCAAAGUACUUCAGCAGGUCGGAGAUCAGGACGAUCUCGUCGGCCCUCGCGAGACGGACCUACAAGGCGCCGUCGGAGCUGGGGCUGUACUACUUCAAACCGUCGGAAUACAUCUUUGAUGACGAGCAUAGAAAAGCUCUGAGUACGGGCUCCAUAGCCGGAAUAGUAGCCGGAAGCGCGGUUCUGGUCCUGCUGCUAGCUGUGUUGGCCGUGUAUGCAGUUCGCCAGAAGAGGCGAGCUGAACAGGCCAUGUCUUUGUCCAAUCCAUUUGCCUCUUGGACCACGGGCGGCACGGAGGCGGGAGGGGCCCCGCAGCUCAAAGGGGCGCGGUGGUUCUCCUACAACGAGCUCAAGAAAUGCACCAACAACUUCUCCGAGAGCAACCAGAUAGGCUCUGGAGGCUAUGGCAAGGUGUACAAAGGAGUUCUGAGUGGUGGAGUGGUGGUUGCAGUGAAGAGAUCCGAACGAGGAUCCACGCAGGGUGGGACCGAAUUCAAGACAGAAAUCGAGCUGCUCUCGCGAGUUCAUCACAAGAACCUCGUUGGCCUCGUCGGAUUCUGCUUCGAACAAGGCGAGCAGAUGUUGGUGUAUGAGUUCAUGGCUAAUGGAACACUGCGUGAAAGCUUAUCAGGAAAAAGCGGGAUCCAACUAGACUGGAGGAGGAGAAUAAAGGUUGCGUUGGGUUCGGCUAGAGGAUUAGCUUACCUGCACGAACUGGCGCAUCCUCCGAUCAUUCAUCGCGACGUGAAGUCGACGAACAUCUUGCUAGACGAGAAUCUGACGGCUAAGGUUGCAGAUUUCGGGCUGUCUAAACUGGUUUGCGACGUUUCAAAGGGUCAUGUUUCUACUCAAGUCAAAGGCACUCUGGGAUACUUAGAUCCUGAAUACUACAUGACACAACAACUAACAGAGAAGAGCGACGUCUACAGCCUCGGCGUGGUGAUGCUCGAGCUCAUAAUCGGCCGGCAGCCGAUAGAGAAGGGCAAGUACAUCGUGCGCGAGGUGAGGAUCGCCAUGGAUAAGAACAACGAAGCCCACUACGGCCUCGUCGACAAAAUCGAUCCCGCCAUAAGAAACGGCGGGGAUCAACUCGUAGGGUUUCCUACGUUUCUCGAGCUGGCCAUGCAGUGCGUGGAGGAAGCCGCCUCGGAUCGGCCAUCAACGAGCGAGAUCGUGAAGGCCCUCGAAGCUCUGCUGCAGGCUGAAGGCAUGAACACGAGCACGAGCUCGACCUCUGCCUCGUCGUCUGCCUCGUCCUCGGGCACGGAGUUCGGACACGGCAACAGCGUGAGACAACAUCCCUACGAUGAGUCUAUAACCAGGAAGAAUGGCGAGGAUAGUGAAGCUUUUGGGUUUGAUAAUAGGUAUGCACUUGUUUCAAUAGUUGAAAAAUAGUAUGCUCAAUUUUCUUUUAUUUAUUUUUUUGCUUAAGGGAACCAAAAAUUGAUGUGUUGUAUAAAUUGCAUUCUUACCUUGUGGCCCAUUGAUGUACCUAUAAUCUGAAUUCCAUGUUGGGGAAAAUCUCUAAUCCUUUUUUGAUUAAUAAAACUUCCUUUUUUCUUCU